GCACCCAGGGCGGCUACCGCGCCCUGUCCCCCGCCAACCAUGGGAUGCAGGAUGCACCUUCUCUUUACUCUGGUCCUGUUCGCGCCGGGCAGCGGCAGCAUCGGGGGCUCAGGGGCAGAUGAAAUAAGAUGUAACAUGACUCAGCAAGUUCCGUGUGGUGAGAAAUGCAUUCCUGUGGCCUGGCUCUGCAAUGGCGAGCAAGAGUGCCCGGAUGGAACAGAUGAACAAUGCGAGGAACCAUGCCGCGGACACCAGCAAGCCUGGCAGUGUGACGACGGGAAGUGUAUUUCCAUUAGCUGGCUUUGCGAUGGUGCUAGUGACUGUUUGGAUGCCUCUGACGAAGUUAACUGUGAGACACUGACAGCCUGUCUGGACAAAAAGUUCCAGUGUCCAGGGAUGCGUCGGUGUGUGGAUGCUCAGGAGGACUGUGACGUCCACCGGGACUGUGAAGACGGGUCUGACAGAGUACACUGCCCUCAGAGCCAUUGCUUAGCUGGGCAGUGGCAGUGCCGGAACAAGGUGUGUGUCAUGAACAGCUGGAGGUGUGAUGGCAUUGACCACUGUGGUGACACCUCUGACGAGGAAGCCUGUGCCUCCUGCCCAGAAGGCACAGUUAGAUGUGAUGAAGGGAAAUGCAUUCCAGAAUCUCAGGUGUGUAACGGGGAAGCUGACUGUGUGGAUGGCACUGAUGAACCAAGUACAUGUGAUGUAGAUGAGUGUUCUCUGCCAUUCAGUCCUUGUGGCCAAGUAUGUCACAACACACCAGGCUCUUAUUCCUGUGAUUGUGUUCAAGGUUACCAGCUCUACAAUGGCACUGUGUGUCGAGUUAUAGAUGAUGAUGUUAAAAUUCUCAUAGCAGUGGAUCAUGAGCUCGGUCUCCUGGAUCGGAAAACAGGCAUUUAUGGGACUCUGAUACCUACAAAAUCAAAGCCUACUUCCAUUGCAUAUGACCUAGACAGAAGCAUGUAUUUCUGGGUGGAUGAAGUCUUAAAUGUGUUUGUCCUUGGGAAGCCAAACUCUGUUCCUCUCUACCCAGAACUCCCACCAGUGAACAGCAUCUCCAUGGACUGGCUCACGGGACAGCUGUACUGGUCUAGCAGCUCUGCAAGAGUCAUCUGUGCUGGCUUAAGUGACGGCAGAGGUUACGUUAAAAUCUUGGAGAAGGAUCUUGUACCAGAACAGCUAGUCGUGUUUCCUGCAGAAAAGUAUCUGUUUUGGGUAAACCAAGGAGCAGAGGGGGUGAGGACCAUCGAAACUGCAGGAAUGGAUGGCUCUGACAGGAAAAGGCUGGCAGUCCUUGCCACAGAGGAGCCUUCAGGACUGACACUUGACCACGUGACUGGAAGGCUCUACUGGAUCAGUGGCUAUAAAAAGUCCAUAGAGACAGUGAAAGUGGAUGGCAGUGGAAGGCACACCUUUCCUGAUAUGGUUUUGGAAGAUGAAGACGCUAUAAGACUGGCCGUAUUUGAGAAUGCUUUCUUCUUGGCAAACAAAACGAAGCUGUUUCGUACCACAUUCCACAGCCCAAAGGAGAGAGAGGUGCUGCUCCAUGCCUCCGUAUCAGCCUUCUUAGUCCUCCACAAGUCUCAGCAACCCAAGAGCAGGUCCCCAGCUUGCGUACCAGGCUCUUGUAGCCACUUAUGUCUCCUGUCGCCCGUCCACCCCAAGGGCUACAAAUGCGUCUGUCCAGAGGGACUGUUUCUUUCACGUUCUGGCACAUGUAGCGAGUUAAAAGUCGUGUUUUCUUCUGGCAAACGCCUGUACUUGUUGAAAGUUGGCUCCAAGGGAACUGCUGUAGAGAGAACUCUAGUUCAAGAGCAUCCUGGGAACAUCUUUUUAUUGGAUAUUGACUGGAAAAGGAACCUGAUUUACUGGACAAAUGCCCAGGGACAUCUGGUCUACUCAACUGGGUAUUCAGGACUAAAGCAAGAGAUUUGGACAGAACACACAGUCUGCUCAGCAAAUGUGGACAUACCAACUGGGCACCUGUACUGGCUGCCCUGUGACCGGGGUGCUAUUCAGAAGACCAUAAUUCCUGGUGGUGACACUCUCACCCUCUACAGCACCCGCAACAUCAUACUACAACUGCUUCUGGACUGGCCCAGGCGGGCACUUUACUGGGUGGAGAGUGGGAAACCCCUGCAAAGUAUGAACCUCGAUGGCACCAACAGACAGGAAGUCCAGAGAGGCACCUGGGCAGCAGACACCAGCAUGGCCCUAGACCUGGCGUCCGCUAGCAUCCUUUGGACCACCAAAGGGCUGGGGUUGCAAAGUCUGAGUUUGCUAAAGAAUAGGACACACUCUCUGAACGUCUCCUGGAGCCAUGGGAUCCUGGCAGCCCAUGAGCCCUACCUGGUGACCACUGACAAGACAGCCCUUGUGCUGCGGGACAGGAAGACUCUGAAGCCCUUGUCUGUGCUGAAGGAGCCACAUGUAAGGAAGAUGAUCAUCUUGGCAGAGGACCAGGAGGUGCCAGGGGUCUUCCAGUGUCUGGAUGGAAGCAGAUGCAUAGAGGAGAGAUACCACUGUGAUGGCAUUUCACAGUGCCCAGAUGGGUCUGAUGAGGUGGGCUGCUGGAAGCCUGUUGAAGCCUGUUCUCUGCGUUGCGACAACAAGACCCGAUGUAUCCCUAAGAGCUGGCAAUGUGAUGGGAAGGUAGACUGUGCUGACAAAAAAGAUGAGCAAGGAUGCAUUCAUGAGCAGUGCAGCUCCUCUGAAUUUCAGUGUGGGAAUGGCCAGUGCAUAGCUUCCUCCCUGCGCUGUGAUGGGAACCCAGACUGCCUGGACCACUCUGACGAAGAAGGCUGCUCUGCUGCCUGGCCCCUGCAGUGCCCCGCAGGGGAGGUGCAGUGCCCCAGAAGUGGAGAAUGUGUGUUAGCAGAGUGGAUAUGUGACCGUGACCUGGGCUGCAGAGACGGUCCUGACGAGAAGGACUGCAGCCCCAAGGUGCUUCCGUGUGGCCCGAGGCAGUGGACCUGUGGCAGCAGAGACCAGUGUGUGCCUGAUUUCUGGCGCUGCGAUGGGAACAGUGACUGUAGGGAUGGCAGUGAUGAAACUGGAUGUCCCCCGCAGAGGUGCCAGGGCUCUGAGUUCCAGUGUGGCAAUGGUACCUGCCUCCACCUCAGUGCGGUGUGUGAUGGGAAGGAGGACUGUGCAGAUGGCUCAGAUGAAGGUGGACGGUGCUUCACAUCGGCAUGCAGCUCAGGGCAGUGCUCACACAGCUGCUUCCGGACCCCGGCUGGGCCUGUGUGCACUUGUGCGCUAGGCUUUGAGUUGGAGGCCAAUGGUAGAAUCUGCAAAGAUGUGGACGAGUGCCAGGAAUCUGCCAGUCAGCCUUGCAGUCAGACCUGCCUCAAUACGGACGGCUCCUACAUCUGUACCUGCCACCCUGGGUACUUACUGGAGCCUGAUGGCCACACCUGUAAAGCAACAGUGCUGGUCUUCACUGUUAAAUUCCUUUCUGGCCGUGUUGAAAGCAGUUCUUAUCUGGCAGGUACUGAGCCCAUCCUGCUUGUUGCAAUUCAGUUUAAUGUAUUCCUCUAUGGACUGAGAAGCUUGAAAGAAGACGUUCUGGCAACCACAGACAAGAACCUGGUUAUUUUCUCUAUUGACUAUGACUUAGUGGACCAGAAAGUCUUCUGGACUGAUCUCAAUGCGGAAAGUAUCCAGUGGAUAAGUAUGGACACAAAGAAGAAAGGGACUGUGGUGAAAGGAAUAAGAUCUGACUGUGUAGUGGUUGACUGGGUCGGAAGGAAUCUCUACUGGACUGAUGGGAGAGCUGGGCAGAUUCUGGCAAUCCAGUUAACUGCUGUUUGGAGGGGAAAGUCCGAGUACACGGUUGUUCUGGAUGAUGGCUUGACUCAACCUCAGUCCUUGGCUUUGGAUCCCCUCGAUGGAUUGAUGUACUGGUCUGACACUGGAGAGGAGCCUCGAAUCGAGCAGGCUGGGAUGGAUGGCAGCAGCAAGAAAAUACUCAUCAACCAAGGUCUGGGAUGGCCAACUAGCAUAGUGCUUGACAAGUUAAGCUGGAAGAUAUUCUGGUCUGAUGACAAGUUUCACUCUAUUGGCUCUGCCAACCUCGACGGUAGUGGCAUUAGUGUGCUGCAGCUGACGCAGGUCAAGAGCCCCUUUUCCAUCGCUGUGUUUGAAGAUGAAGUCUUCUGGUCUGACAUGAAGACAAGAAGCGUUCAGCGAGUGAGGAAGACGACAGGGAAAGACAGGGCUGUCCUCAUCAAGCGUUCUGGACAGCCCUAUGGACUCAAGAUAAUGCAUGACGUGCUUCAGCCCAGGUCUUCCAGCCCUUGUCUGAACAGUGGAUGUUCUCACUUGUGUCUUCUGAGUCCACAAUCCAAGGGAACCUGUUGUUGCCCAGUUGGUCUCCUGCUGGCAGAUGAUGGAGUCAGCUGCAUCUCACCCCAGGAGUCUGCACUUGUGUUCCUGGUGUUGCCUACAGUGAUCACCGAGAUUUAUCUGAAAAAUCUCAAAACUUUACCACAACAAGCUGCUUUACCAGAACACCGAAAUUUUCCCUUUACCAACGUGAACCAGCUGGCAUCAUUGGAUUACCUUGCCCAGGACCAGGCCCUCUACCUUUCAGAGCUGAAUAAUGGUGACAUCAGGCUGCUGAGGCUGGAAGAAUCAGGGACGCUUUCUUGGAGGAAAAUCCUGUCUGUGAAAGGAACUGUGACGGACUUUGCUGUGGACUGGCUAAGCGGAAACAUAUAUUGGAUUGACAGUGAGGAUCCCCACAUCGGUGUAGCUUCCUCCAAAGGCCAGUAUCCCACUGUCUUGCUCAGUGAAAAUCUUUCCUACCCAACCUCUGUUGUCCUCCACCCACCGACUGCAGUCAUGUGCUUGGUGGACCUGCGUUCCCGGGAUGACGAAAGGCACAGAUCCAGCAUUGAAUGUGCUUCUAUGGAUGGCAGCAGGAGAAAGGUUCUCUGGCAGAAAUCCCAGGUACCUGUGGGCCUGGCUUUUUCAGAUUCAGGGACCCGACUAUUCUGGGCCGACACUGGGCAAGGGCUCAUAGAAAGUAUUCAGCAAGAUGGCUCAGGACACACAGUGCUACGCAGAGGAAUCCGGGCCCUUCAUCUCUUUACGUGUGGUCAAGGCAUGAUGCUCUGGACAACAGUGGAUGAUGCCCAGGUCACUAAAGUUUGGUACAACAAAGCAGAUGUUUCAGAAAAUCAGUGGUUCCAAGUGGACCAGAAGAUUUUGGACUUAAAAGUUUACAGCAAAUUUAGUCAACAAGGUAAUAACAGCUGCUCUAAAGACAAUGGAGGAUGUAGCCAUAUCUGUUUACCAAAUCCUGAAGGCAGGACUUGCAAGUGCCCCCAUGGGUACUAUCUGGCUGCUGCAAGCAGAUGUGUGGCAGCUGUCCAGUGCUCUGCACCAUCACAGCCCUGUGAAGAUGGUCAGGCAUGCAUUUCCAUGGAGCAAAUCUGCAAUGGGCACAUUGACUGUCUGGAUGGAUCUGAUGAAACAGACUGUACACCAGUACCUAAAAGGCUAGAAGCUUGGCAAAGGUUGACACCAAAAGCUUCCCAACUUGUCCAGACUACAGACUCCAGCACACUUGGAUAUCCCAGGCUAGAAGGGAUAAGACCUCCUGCCAGAAAAGCAUUAACCACACAGAUGCCUGAGAGAAAGAUCAAGUCUCCCCAAACCAAGGAAGGAGGAGAAAUUGUUCAGCCUGAGGAUUCACAGAGGGCCCCUGGCUACAUUGCCCUCAGUGUAACCAUUGCUCUGUCAGCUGUGCUGGUAGCUCUGAGAGCAUGUCUACAUUGCAGAAGUAAACGUGAAUUUAAAAGAACAUCAGCAAGAAAUGUGGCCUGCGAUGAAGAAAAUUACCAAGAAGAAGAAAAUUUAAUGAAUAGUGAGACAUUUGUCAAUGAAUCCUAUGAUGGACAGGUGUGAUAAGGAAGUCUCUCUGAGGAAAAAGGAUUGUGAGACGCGGUAAAAAAAAUGACCCUUCUAAAAUGGCCCAGCUGGGUGAAAGUAACUGUGUUGCCCUAAAGGGAUUAUUGCUGCUAGUGACUGUUAUUAUAAAUGUAUCAAAUGAUUCCUCACUAUAUCUUGCAUCCUUAGACUCUGACAUGAAGAACUAAAAUAAAACAUGUAUGAAAUAGCAAUCAAGAAAUUUUAGUGCACUUCCACAAGGGCCUCCGUCCUAUUGGGAGUAGGGUGGGCUGUAAUUAAAGGUUAGAGCUAACUCCUAAGACCCAGGGCCUUCUUUGGUCUCUGAUAACUUCUGUGAAGUUCCACCAUCUCCACAUUUUUGUUUUGUUUUAAUGCAGUGCAUACUCUAUAACUUCCCCACAGGAAUUGCUCACUUCUUUACAAACUGACAUCAUAAGGAAGAGCUGAAAC